GCUCCUUCUUUCCACAGAUCGAGCUUCGGAAGUAAACAAAAACACUUAGAUUUGGUUUUCAAUUUCAUUAAUUAAUUAUUAGUUAUUAUAGUAAUAAUAAUAACUAACAAUAAUUGAAAAGAAAAAUGGCGAGCGCGUUGAAUCUUCGUCAUUACGGAGUGAAACCAUAUCUUCCAGUGACGUGGCGGCAGAGAAACGGUUCUGUUAGUGAUGUUCAUAGAUUGUUUGUUUGGAACGAUAAUAAUUACAACAAAACGGCGUCGUUAUUGAAGGUCACGUGCAAGGUGACGAAUGAUGUGUUGGAGAAGCACGUGAUUGAGAAUGUUGGGGGAAAGUUGGUUAUGAGUGAUGAAACAAUGAGUUAUAGUUGUGUGAUGAAAUUUGGUGGUUCUUCGGUUGCUUCAGCUGAUAGAAUGAAGGAGGUUGUUAAUCUUGUCUUGAGUUUUCCUGAAGAGAGACCUAUUGUUGUUCUUUCUGCUAUGGGAAAAACAACUAACAAACUUUUGCUGGCUGGAGAAAAAGCUGUGAGUUGUGGUGUUACUAAUGUCUCUGGUAUUGAAGAACUUAGCUUUAUAAAAGACCUGCAUCUCAAGACUGUGGAUCAGCUUGGGGUGGACAGAUCUGUUAUUGAGAAGCAUCUGGAAGAAUUGGAGCAACUUUUGAAGGGGAUAGCGAUGAUGAAAGAGCUAACUAAACGGACUCAAGACUAUUUAGUUUCCUUUGGAGAAUGCAUGUCCACUAGGAUCUUUGCUGCAUUUCUUAAUACAUUGGGUGUCAAGGCCCGCCAAUACGAUGCAUUUGAGAUUGGUUUUAUAACAACUGAUGACUUCACAAAUGCGGAUAUUUUAGAAGCAACUUAUCCGGCUGUUGCGAAGAGAUUGCAUGGUGAUUGGCUCUCUGAUCCUGCAAUUCCGAUUGUUACUGGCUUCCUUGGAAAGGCCCAGAAAUCGUGUGCAGUGACAACACUAGGUAGAGGUGGCAGUGAUUUGACAGCUACAACAAUUGGGAAAGCACUAGGGUUGCCUGAGAUCCAGGUAUGGAAGGAUGUUGACGGUGUCUUAACCUGUGAUCCAAAUAUAUACCCAAAAGCAGAACCUGUCCCCUUUUUGACGUUCGACGAGGCUGCUGAGUUAGCUUACUUUGGUGCUCAGGUUCUGCAUCCGCAGUCUAUGAGGCCUGCUAGAGAAAGUGAUAUUCCAGUUAGGGUUAAAAACUCCUACAACCCUAAAGCUCCAGGUACUUUAAUCACCAAGGAAAGAGAUAUGAGCAAGGCAGUAUUAACAAGCAUUGUUUUGAAACGUAAUGUGACCAUGUUGGAUAUAGUGAGCACUCGCAUGCUUGGUCAGUACGGUUUCCUUGCUAAGGUGUUUUCAAUCUUUGAAGAUUUAGGCAUAUCAGUUGAUGUUGUUGCUACAAGUGAAGUCAGCGUUUCCUUGACGUUGGAUCCAUCAAAGCUAUGGAGCAGAGAGCUAAUACAGCAGGCAAGUGAGCUUGACCAUGUUGCUGAAGAACUAGAGAAAAUUGCUGUGGUGAAUCUCCUACAAAAUAGAUCCAUCAUCUCUCUCAUUGGCAAUGUCCAGAAAUCAUCAUUAAUUUUGGAGAAGGCAUUUCGUGUUCUUCGAAAGCUUGGUGUCACUGUUCAAAUGAUCUCUCAGGGUGCAUCUAAGGUGAACAUCUCAUUGGUUGUUAAUGAUAGUGAAGCAGAGCAAUGUGUCAGGGCUCUCCAUGAAGCUUUCUUUGAAAACGAGUUUUCCGAGUUACAGAUGGAAUACACAAAUGGAAAUGGUUCUGUUGAUAAAUUAUCUUAGGAACAAUUGUGAGGUUCAAUUCUUUUUCUUGGAAGAUAUAUUCCAAUCUUAAAUGCUAAUGUCAACCAAUUUUCGUCUCCUACGGUUGAGAUGUAGCAAUGGCAAAUCAUAAGUGUAUACUAGUCUACUAUUAGUAUUACUAGAAUAAUCUUUAAUUAGGAAGUACUUAUUUCCUAGUUGAACUCCGAAAUUAUCAGUGUUUUGUUAUUUUUUUUUAAAUCAAAGGGCUAAGAAUAAAAAAGUCUAAUAUUACUAGAUA